CUGGUGAGUGGUGCAAACUUGAAUAAAAAAAUAAAAAUGCCAGUGGCGCGCUAAAGUUGUGUAGGAUACGUUGUAUCGACGUUACUUUUCAGUUUUGACGUACAUUAUCGUAACAAUAUUUUAGUUAAGCUUUGUGAAUAUCAAGAUUAAAAACUGCAGCAAACAAGACUAGAAAAUAUACUCAUGUCGCAUCAACAUCCAGAUGGCACUUAAGCGGGCUAUAUUUUAUGGCUAAAAAAACGGUACAAAAGUGUUUGUUAAGUGAUGUGUUAGUGUCGAUUUUCUCAAGAUGGACGUGAAUUCAACUUUGGCGACGAUAUACCCGCGUGAAGCGACGAUCUUGGCUGCCGCGUGCGCAUGCAUUUUUAGCAUGGUUGGAGUAAUUGGCAACCUCAUAACGACUGUGGCACUCGUGAUGCAUCCAAAGCUUCGUGGCCAUGUCACUACAAUGUUCGUAUUGUCACUCUGUGUCUCUGAUCUUCUCUUCUGCAGUAUCAACUUGCCGCUUACAGCUAGCAGGUACAUAAAUGAAGAAUGGGUGUUGGGUCCUCGCCUCUGCCAGAUGUUUGCAUUUGUCUUUUACGGCAAUGAGGCCGUUUCUCUUCUGUCUAUGGUGGCUAUCACAAUUAACAGAUACACCCUUAUCGCCUACUAUGACAUGUACUCACAGAUCUACACCACAACCAAGAUCUGGAUCCAGCUCUUCACCAUAUGGCUCGUCUCCUUUGGACUUAUGGUCCCUUCACUUCUCGAAGUGUGGGGUAAAUUGGGGUUAGACCAAAACACAUUUUCAUGCACAAUCCUACCGAAGGACGGUCGGAGUCCCAAGAAGUACUUGUUCGUGUUCGGAUUUGCAUUGCCUUGUGUUGUGAUAAUUGUAUCAUACUCGUGCAUCUACUGGCGCGUUCGAGAGAGCAAACGGAAGCUGGAGGGCCGAAGGUGUGUAUGUGGUAAACUAAGCGGCCAGACAGCGAAAGAAAAGGAAGAGGACUCGAGACUGACUACCCUGAUGCUGACAAUCUUCCUUUGUUUCUUGGCUUGUUUCCUUCCUCUCAUGAUCAUGAAUGUCGCUGAUGAUGGCAUCCGAUUCCCUUGGUUCCAUAUCAUUGCAUCUAUCCUAGCAUGGGCCUCCAGUGUCAUAAAUCCUCUAAUCUACGCCGCAACCAAUAGACAAUAUAGAGCGGCGUAUGGCAACCUUCUAAAAAUUUGCCGAAAUAACCCUGUCACUAAACGCACGACUUGGGGAAGUCGAACCGUCGGCCAAUCAUCGAAUUCUCCGCAUUAUGUUGAAAAACGUAAAGACAAACCGACUAAAUUAUAACAUGACAUAUCUUAUAUAACAUAAACAAUUGUUAUGAAACUGUCAGGCAAAAUAAGUUGGCCAUACAAGAUGCCCCAAAUUACGUGUCAAGGCUACAAAAUCUGUUGUGGUUAAAACACUUGGACUGAAAAUCUUUCCAUAUCAUGAAAGAUUGAUUUUAUAAUUGCGAUUACCUUGAAUUAAUGAUUUUUAUUAUUGUGUUUAACUGAUUAUUUUGAAAAUUGAUAUAAACAAAAUCAUAUAGAUUUAACGCACGUCAAAAACGACGAUUUUCGAUUGAUGCUACGGACGUCUAGAGACACGCAUCUGCCAUCUGUCAAUAUAAAGAACUAGUGGUCGGAUUUUGACAGAAGAAAUUAGAUUCAUAGACAAAUAGUGACAUUUGAAUAUUAGGAGAAUGCAGUGUGGAAAAUGUAUAUAUCUAGUUGUGUAUUAGUUUUAAAUGUAAAUAUCUACUUACAAGCAAUGGGUCACCAAAGUCUAUUUAUCUUUAUAAUUUAUACUCAUUAAUAUAAUAUGAAACUAUUUGUAAGAUGUUUUAAAAUAUGGUUAAGGUUGCACCAGUGGCUUAGAAUUUAAAGUGUUUCAAAACAUUCCCUUGUAAAAUGAUUUGAUGAUUGUGAAUAAAGAUUAAUGGGACCAUGUGUGUGCUUAACUUUAUAUAACAUAUCUGCAUUUUCAAUUGUGUGAUGUUUUGUUCCGGUGUCUGGAGUAAUGCUAGAUACAAAUUUAAAUCAAAUAAUGGUUACUACAAAUUUUAUAUUCUAUUAGUAGACUGAUUUUAGAAAAAUCCUUAUUUAAAUGUGUAAAGUAACAGUUAACUCUUAAUGACUGAGGAUGGCUGGAGUCCGAUAAGUUUAUGACAUUAUAAUAUUGAUAUUCGAAUUUUGUAUCAACAGUUGAUUCUGAUGAUAGACUGAAUAGAAAGUUACGUACUUUUAGUUGCAUUUUACACGUCUUUGAAUAUGAAUACGUAAACGUUUAAUAACUUAUUUGUAUCAAAUAUCAAUCAAUGUU